AUGGCGUUCCUGUGUCCAGUAUGCAAUGUAUAUUCGCUCUCAUGGUACAUGCUUCGAGUCUCAUCGUUCUGUGGGAGGCUCUCACUGACAGCGACCACCACCGAUCGUCCUUUGGGUCCCGAUACGCUCACGCCACAAGAUGUGUCAUUUCUAGCUGGGCUUUAUUGGAAGAUAUUGCGGCAAAAAGCGGCACCUGGUGGCUGGAGGAAAGAGCCAUUGAACCAAAGUGACGCUAAGGGCGUGGUCAUGUUUGUCGAGGUCCAGAUGGCCAUGCGGAAGCUUACGUGA